AAUUGAACCGGAAGCACUCGUUUCUAUGGUACAUCCUGUGGAAUAAGGAUACACUUUUGAAAUGUCCAUGGCUUGAUACUUUACGUUUAAAAACUCCCAAAUGUCAGCAAAAUGAAUUACAUGCCAGGGACUGCGAGCCUCAUCGAGGACAUUGAUAAAAAACACCUUGUUCUCCUUCGCGAUGGAAGAACAUUGAUUGGGAUCCUUAGAAGCAUAGAUCAGUUUGCCAAUUUAGUUUUGCAUCAAACAGUGGAACGAAUCCACGUAGGUAAAAAAUUUGGUGACAUACCUCGUGGAAUAUUUGUCGUGAGAGGAGAAAAUGUCGUCUUGCUUGGGGAAGUAGAUCUGGAUAAAGAAUGUGAUCAAAUCCUCCAGCGAGUUUCCAUUGAGGAAAUUCUGGAGGAACAGCGGACAGAACAGCAAGCCAAGCAGGAGUCAGAGAGAUUGAAGCUACAGGCAGUGAAAGAGCGAGGUUUAUCGAUCCCUAAAGCUGACACGUUAGAUGAUUUCUGAAACAACAUUUAGUUAUUUUUUGGAUGAUUUUAUUUCUGUUUUAUUGGAUGGGUUUUGUUUGGUAUGAGACGACAGUCUGUCUUGACUUUGAAAUCAUUCUGUCCAUUGAUAGAGUGAGUCUGACAAGAUUAUGACUUCAAGAUUUUGUUUCACUAGUUGCUUGUGAAGGCACAUUUUGAGAAUUGCCCACCAUCUUUGUUUUUUAAUGGCAGAUGCCAUAGUGAAAUGAAGGAUGGACCAAACUGAAGCACUUGUUGACGUUUAGUUUAAAAUUAAACAACUGUAAAUGUAUACAAGAAAAGUUUAUUUCAGUGUUCACUAUGUUAUGGAUAUGACGCUAUGGUUAAGUUGGUGUACUGUAUAAUGUAAAACGCAACAACACUGAAAAUAUUUUUGUUCUAUUAAACCUGUUUUAUACUGA